AAAAACCACCGUAACGAAAAUCUUGACAAAUGAAGUGUAUCGCAUUGUAACGCUCCUUUUUUCGGUCAACCGAUGUCGGUCCACCCGUUGGUGAGCGAAAACCUAACGAAAUUGCUGUUAGCAUACUUCUGCAGUGCCAAACAUCAAUUUAACACGAGUUAAGCUUAUGUUUUCCUGUUAUUCGCAUCAAAAUUCAUGAAAACAAAACUCACUGUUUUUGUGUACAAUAACACGCGUUAUUUUUCGGUUGUCAAACUUUUUCGUUACGGUGGUUUUUUGGUGUGCCUGGAAUCGGCUUGAAACUCCUGCCGAAAACUUCCGAUAAAAUGUUGAUGCUUCUACCGAAAAACGCCAAAAAAUCUGGCCACACUGUGUACCGGUCCGAACCGGUUCAACGAGCUCUGCCCGCAAAGUGCGCGUGCGGUACGAAAUGUUUACAAAACAAUGCGUUGCCGAGACGGUAAAGGUGCGUGUCUUUCGCAAAGUACACGGCGUUGGUUAGAAUUAAUUAAUUAAACAUGUCCUGCAAUUACGCUGAAGGACUGUCAAAAUAUGAAAACAAGGGUGUGCUUGGUGUGGCGGAGAUCUUUGAUACUCCCGAACUGGUGGAGGAAAAAUGCGAGCAGCUGGUGAAAAUGAUGCUUGCCUCGAGCCAUACCGUCGUGCACACGGGUGCUGGGAUUAGCACGAGCGCGGGCAUACCGGAUUUCCGCGGCCCCAACGGUGUCUGGACGCUGGAGGAGAAAGGAGAAAAACCUGCGGUUAAUAUUUCGUUCGAUGAUGCCGUGCCUACCCGCACGCACAUGGCUCUGAAGUCGCUCGUAGCCAGUGGUCACGUGCAGUACAUCGUCAGCCAGAAUAUCGACGGUUUGCAUCUGCGGUCAGGGCUUGCGAGAGAACACCUGUCCGAACUGCACGGCAAUAUGUUUUUGGAGGUGUGCACCAAAUGUCGUCGUCAGUACGUACGAAGCAGUCCAGCGCCAACAGUGGGCAAAAAGGAGACUGGAAACAUUUGUCCCGGCACGAGUGCGGAGCGCGCAUGUCGUCGAGGCAAGCUGAUCGAUAACAUCCUAGACUGGGAGCAUGAUUUACCUGAAAAUGAUCUCCAACUGGCAUUUAUGCAUUCCGCGAUGGCAGAUCUUAACAUCUGCCUUGGGACGACAUUGCAAAUCGUGCCGAGCGGUGAUCUACCGCUGAAAAAUCUCAAACACGGAGGACGACUCGUCAUCUGCAAUCUGCAGCCGACCAAGCAUGACAAAAAGGCAGAUUUGAAAAUUUCAACCUACGUGGAUGCGGUGCUUGAACGAGUGGCCAAACGAUUAGGUGUAGAAAUACCUGAGUAUCGCAGGGAAGAAGAUCCAACCAAACGCGACACGUACAGUGUGCAGUGGAACAUCGAUGUAAAAAUGGUGAAAACAUUAGAAAAACGGUACGAUAGUACGAUAAAAGAGAAAAACCAGCUAAAGAAGCGAUGUUCCACAUCUAGCAUUGAUCAGGACCGCGAGGAAUUGAAAAGAAACAACAAGAAACUAAAACAAGAACAACCUAGCAAUGCAACAAAUGAAGGAGAUUUAAAUAGUUGAGCGUGGAAUGAAUAAAACUUUGUACUGUUGCUACGGACCAAGGACGACGAAAUGCUUUUUAUGAAUAUUUAUCGCGUUCUAGUGUAUUUUUUGUUUGUGAGUUGAUAAAUAAUGACCAAACCAAAUUUUCAUACAUUUAACGAGACCAGUGAAAUUAUUAUUUUGUGAUUUCAUCACUUUUUGCUGUAAUUUUCCAUUUCUGAAUUUAUGUAAAAAAUAAAAAGAAACUCAAACAAAUCAAAC